AUGUUUGUUCUGUGUUGUUUGAAAGAUACAUCGGCCCAAUGGCCUCAUCAAAAUGUUAUUCUCUUCAUAUGGCUACUUAUUUUUCCAGUGGCUCAGCCUUGGGGGAUUCAACCCGAUGCUACACGCAGACAAGUAUUUGCCCAUUUGCCUGGCGACAUUAUCUUUGGAGGUUUAUUUCCGGUGCAUUCAUCCGACCUGAGCAGAUGUGAUAUUAUAAACCCGGAGCGAGGUAUUCAGCGUGUUGAAGCGAUGCUAUUUACGCUGGAUGAGAUUAACAAUCGCUCAGAUAUUCUGCCUGGACUUAACUUGGGCGCUAUUAUUCGUGACACGUGUUCACAGAGCAACCAUGCUCUGGAACAGUCACUUGAAUUUGUGAAAAGUGGCCGGCCCGUCUGCGAGUUAGCAUUGACUUCGGAAAGAAACCCUUUGCUGGUGAAGAAGCAGAUUGAUAAUGUAUCUCUGACGAGAGGACACGAGUCGUCUGAAAAUCAAAAUCCAGUGCGGGGUGUGAUCGGUGCCUCAUAUAGCACUAUUAGUAUUCUUGUGGCAAAUUUAUUUGCCCUAUUCCAGUUGCCACAGAUAUCUUAUGCUUCCACAAGUGCUGUACUCAGCGACAAACGAACUUUUCCUCUGUUUGCCCGUACAGUGCCUUCAGAUGUGAUGCAGGCCCGCGCUAUGGCUGCUCUAGUACAGAAAUUUAACUGGACUUAUGUAUCUACGGUCCGUAGUGCUGGGGACUACGGCGAUUCUGGGAUGGAUGCCUUCUGGAAAGAGGCAGAUAAGUUAGGCAUCUGCAUUGCUGCCCGCGAAGUAAUUCGACUCAGCAUGAAUUCAUCAGAACUUGAUCAACUAGUACGCGUACUGUAUGAUGACUUUAGAAAAGCACGAGUUGUGGUGCUUUUCACGCGUAUGGAUCACACUAAGCACUUGCUAGACGCUGUGAAUCGUGCGAAGCUGACUAACUAUUUUGUUUGGAUUGCCUCUGACGGAUGGGGCCGUGAAAAUGCCCCGGUUGCUAAUAAUUCAGCGGUAGCUAAUGGAGCGUUAACAAUCGAAAUAAGUGCUGCAGAAUUGAAGCAUUUCUCCGAAUACUAUCGUAAUUUGCGAGCUAACAAUGUGCGAAACCCCUGGUUCCGGCAAUACUGGGAACAGGUUUUUAAUUGCACCUUUGGUGAUUCGGAAAAUUUUACAAAAUCAAAUAAGUUUAAACUUAUUCACAGAAGAUUCAACAACGAGAGUCAAGGCGAAAAUAGCAUAAACCAGACAAUUUAUGAUAGUUUAUCUGCCGGCAAGCCUCUGUGCGGUCAGAAUUCUCACCAACGACUCGAAGCUGGUUUGGACUCCUUCAAACAGGAGGCGAAAGUGCAGUUUAUCGGCCAUGCAAUCUACGCCUUUGCACAUACCCUUCACAAGUUACAAAUGGAAUUAUGCAAAAAUCCAUAUAAUUUGACAGGAAAAAGUAAAAAGGAAUGCAUCGCUUCUUUAAAAAAUUUCCCUGGAGCCGAAUUUUAUGCAAAGACUAUAAAAAAUACAUUUAUUGGUGAGUAA